UUAAAGUCCCAACGUCCAUCAUAUAAACAGUCGAGGUUUAUUCUAAUAAAACCCCUCAUAUAAUUCCUCCUUCCUUAAUUUCGAGCUCGCAUUCCUCUCACUCUCGGUCACCUCAUUUCCAUGGCGUCUGUUUCAGCUGCUCUAUCCAUCACAGGUGGUACUCAUUUAAAAUCUUGCGAUGUUCAGUUGACUAAGCUCAAUGUGUUUCCACACCCAUCAAGACUUGCAUUUCAACGGAAAUCAAAUCACUCAAGACCCAGUCUCUCCAUUCGUGCACAAUACAGUGAUGGUUCUAGAGGUGGAGGAGGUGGUGAUUUUCUUGCUGGCUUCCUUCUAGGAGGAGCAGUUUUUGGGACAUUAGCAUAUAUCUUUGCCCCACAGAUCAGGAGAUCCAUACUGAAUGAAGACGAAUAUGGAUUUCGGAGGGCUAAGCGACCUAUAUAUUACGAUGAUGGUUUAGAGAAGACCCGACAGACACUGAAUGCAAAGAUAAGUCAACUGAAUUCGGCAAUCGACAAUGUUUCUUCACGGUUGAGAGGUGGGAAUAACGUACCUGAGGAGCCCACUGAAAUCGAUUCCGAAGUAGAAGCUACAAUAUAGAAAAAAAAAAUCAUGGUGUGUUGAUCACUGCAUCUUAUAACGGCUAUGAUAGUUGAAAUUUAACAUACGUGAAUCACCUGUGUUGGAUGUUAAAGUUCCACCUUGUCUCUAAAACUGCAUAUGAGAAUUACUUGCUGGAA